AUGCCGAUGCCCCGGAGGAGGCCUGUGAGGAUGGUGUGUGUCCUGGAGGAGGCUGGGGGAUGCAGGGCGCGGAGCCGGGACGCACCGGCCACCGACCAGCACGAGCCAUGGCUUCUGUCCCUGCGGGUAAGCACGGGCGGGCGGCGGGAGGGCGGCCAGGCCCCAUGGCCUCGGCGCCGCUCACCGCGCUUCCCUGCUUGUCCCGCAGAGGCCGAGACCCGCCAGAGGUUGCUGCGCACCGUGAAGAAGGAGGUGAAGCAGAUCAUGGAGGAGGCCGUUACCCGAAAGUUUGUCCACGAGGACAGCAGCCACAUCAUCUCCUUCUGUGCUGCAGUGGAGGCCUGUGUGCUGCACGGGCUGAGGCGGAGGGCUGCCGGCUUCCUGCGGAGCAACAAGAUCGCGGCGCUCUUCAUGAAGGUGGGCAAAGGCUUCCCUCCAGCCGAGGAGCUGAGCCGCAAGGUGCAGGAUCUGGAGCAACUCAUCGAGAGCGCGCGAAACCAGAUCCAGGGCCUGCAGGAGAAUGUGCGGAAGCUGCCGAAGCUGCCCAACCUGUCCCCGCUGGCCAUCAAGCACCUUUGGAUCCGCACCGCCCUGUUUGAGAGGGUCCUGGACAAAAUAGUCCACUAUCUGGUGGAGAACAGCAGUAAAUACUAUGAGAAGGAAGCUCUCUUGAUGGACCCUGUGGAUGGCCCCAUCCUUGCCUCUCUGUUGGUGGGGCCCUGUGCCCUGGAGUAUACUAAGAUGAAGACUGCUGACCACUUCUGGACCGACCCCUCGGCCGAUGAACUGGUCCAGAGACACCGAAUCCACAGCUCACAUCUGAGACAGGACUCACCCACCAAGCGGCCGGCACUCUGUAUCCAGAAGAGGCAUUCCAGCGGCAGCAUGGACGACCGACCAUCCAUCUCCGCCCGGGACUACGUAGAGUCCCUGCAUCAGAACUCUAGGGCCACCCUGCUCUACGGCAAGAACAAUGUUCUGGUUCAGCCAAGGGAUGAUAUGGAGGCUGUGCCCGGGUACCUGUCUCUGCACCAGACAGCUGAUGUCAUGACUUUGAAGUGGACACCCAACCAGCUGAUGAACGGGUCUGUUGGAGACCUGGACUACGAGAAGAGCGUCUACUGGGACUACGCUGUGACCAUCCGCUUAGAGGAAAUUGUUUACCUGCACUGUCACCAGCAAGUUGACAGUGGUGGGACUGUCGUGCUGGUGAGCCAGGACGGGAUCCAGAGGCCGCCCUUCCGCUUCCCCAAGGGUGGGCACCUGUUACAAUUCCUCUCCUGCCUGGAGAAUGGGCUGCUUCCGCACGGGCAGCUGGACCCACCGCUUUGGUCACAGCGAGGAAAGGGGAAGGUAUUUCCUAAGCUGCGCAAGCGGAGCCCACAAGGAUCCUCAGAGUCCACAUCUUCAGACAAAGAGGACGACGAAGCCACAGAUUACGUGUUCCGCAUCAUCUACCCUGGCAUGCAGUCUGAAUUCGUGCCCCAGGAACUGAUGGACGUCUCCGUGAACAACCUUCCAUCCCUAUGGCAACCCAGUCCUCGGAAGUCCUCCUGCUCCUCCUGUUCACAGAGCGGCUCGGCCGAGGGCGGCUCAACCAAUGGCUGCAACCAUGAGAGGGCUCCACUGAAACUGCUCUGUGAUAACAUGAAGUACCAGAUCCUCUCCAGAGCCUUCUAUGGAUGGCUCGCGUACUGUAGACACCUGUCCACCGUGAGGACCCACCUGUCAGCCCUGGUCAAUCACAUGAUCGUGUCUCCAGACCUGCCCUGUGACGCUGGGCAAGGGUUGACGGCCAGCAUCUGGGAGCAGUACAUCCGGGACAGCACGACUUACCCAGAGCAGGAGCUGCUGCGGCUCAUCUACUUCGGGGGUGUCCAGCCCGAGAUCCGCAGGGCGGUCUGGCCCUUCCUCCUCGGUCACUACCAGUUCGGGAUGACGGAGAUGGAGAGGAAGGAGGUAGACGAGCAGAUCCACGCCUGCUACGCACAAACCAUGUCGGAGUGGCUGGGCUGCGAGGCUAUUGUGAGACAGAGGGAGCGGGAGUCCCAUGCUGCUGCCCUGGCCAAGUGCUCUUCAGGGGCUAGCCUGGACAGCCACCUUCACCGGAUGCUGCACCGGGACUCUACCAUCAGCAACGAGUCCUCCCAGAGCUGCAGCUCAGGCCGCCAGAACCUCCGACUGCAGAGCGACUCCAGCAGCAGCACCCAGGUAUUUGAGUCUGUGGAUGAGGUGGAACAGACGGAGGUGGAAGGUAGGUCGGAGGAGAAACAACCCAAAGUCCCCAAUGGGAACCCGGCAAAUGGCACUUGCUCCCCAGACUCUGGACACCCUUCUUCCCACAACUUCUCCUCCGGCCUCUCGGAGCACUCGGAGCCCAGUCUCAGCACCGAAGACAGUGUUCUGGAUGCCCAGCGCAGCCUCCCCGCCGCCUUCCGACCUGGGGACAGCAGUGUGGAAGACGGACAGAGCAGCGAAGCCACCACGUCCCGGGACGAGGCCCCUCGGGAGGAGCUGGCCGUGCAAGACAGUCUCGAGAGUGACCUCCUCGCCAACGAGAGCAUGGAGGAGUUCAUGUCCAUCCCUGGCAGCCUGGACGUGGCCCUGCCUGAGAAGGACGGGGCCGUGAUGGAGGGCUGGCCCAGCGAGACGGACAAGCACGGCCGGGCUGACAGCGAGGACAACCUCUCUGAGGAGCCUGAGAUGGAGAGCCUCUUCCCGGCCCUGGCUUCUCUGGCCGUGACCUCCUCUGCCAACAACGAGGCGUCACCCGUGUCUUCCAGCGGUGUCACCUACUCUCCGGAGCUACUGGACCUGUACACGGUGAACCUGCACCGCAUUGAGAAAGACGUGCAGAGGUGUGACCGCAGUUACUGGUACUUCACAGCCACCAACCUGGAGAAGCUGAGGAACAUCAUGUGCAGCUACAUCUGGCAGCACAUUGAGAUUGGCUAUGUCCAGGGCAUGUGUGACCUUCUGGCCCCGCUGCUGGUCAUUCUGGAUGAUGAGGCCCUGGCCUUCAGCUGCUUCACGGAGCUCAUGAAGAGGAUGAACCAAAACUUCCCCCAUGGAGGUGCCAUGGACACGCACUUUGCCAACAUGAGGUCCCUGAUCCAGAUCCUGGACUCGGAGCUCUUCGAGUUGAUGCAUCAGAAUGGGGACUACACCCACUUCUACUUCUGCUACCGCUGGUUCCUGCUGGAUUUCAAACGAGAGCUGGUCUAUGAUGACGUUUUCUCCGUGUGGGAGACUAUCUGGGCAGCUAAGCACGUGUCCUCUGCCCACUAUGUGCUGUUCAUCGCGCUGGCCCUGGUGGAGGUCUACCGAGACAUCAUCCUGGAGAACAACAUGGACUUCACAGACAUCAUCAAGUUCUUCAACGAAAUGGCUGAGCGGCACAAUGCGAAGCAGAUCCUGCAGCUGGCGCGGGACCUGGUGCACAAAGUGCAGAUUCUGAUCGAGAACAAGUGAGGGGCCGCAGCAGCCAGGCAUCCCUGCUGUCGCCCACCCCUUUCCCCCCUGCAGCCCAGCACGAGGUCCUUCGUCUGUGGACCAGUGCGGACUUCUGUACAGAGAGCCAGUCUCUUGACCUUGGCCGCUGGGCGGUGGGGUAGAGAAGAGCCCAGCUCAGCCUUACGUUUUCCUGUCUGACCAAAGAUUGCCCAAGACUGGGAUUUCCCCCUCUUGGGAGUUGGGGUUGUGAGUAAGUAGAGGUGGCCUCUGGGCCUGUUGUCCCUCUUCUGUCCCCUGUUCCUUCCUCAUCUGUACAGGAGGCCUCUGGGGCUUCCUCUGCACCUGGCAAGGAAGGGCCUCUGAAGGUGUUCCAGAACAUUCCUGCCAGGCUGGCUUGGAGCAGGGUCUCCCUUAGGCGUUACUCACAUUUGAAGUCCCUGAUGUCUUUGAGCAUCAUCCCUGACUUCAAACCACCGGAUGUCACCCAUACCAUCUCUCAAGGUGACCCAAAUGUCCCUGCACAGCAGAUGUGCCCCACCAGAGAACCACUGGCUUGGGGGAGGGGCUACCAGCUAUCCCCGUCCGUUCUCUUCAUGCUGAGGUCUGUUCCAUGGCCCUGUCAGAAGCACACAGCUUCCUACAGCCCUGCUGGAGUCAGAUCUCACUCUCUGUGUUUUCUGACUUUUCUCUGCCCACUGCCAGGAGACUCUUUUUUAGGAAGGCAUUCUGUGAGUGCCCUGGGGAUCCAAGCAGUGUUUGUAGGUGGGAGGUAGGAACUCCUGAGAGCCCAACCCUUACUACCCUCCCCUAAGGGAGACCUCACAGCCAUCACCUGUGGGCCUGGGCUCAGAAGCCUGCAGAUGUGUGUGUUUGUGGAAGUCUGCAGAUAUGUGUGUUUGUGGAAGCCCUGCUCAGGUACACUAGUCUUCUCUAAGCACUUUGUUCUCUCGGGACAGAGGAGGGAUGAGCCAGGGGUUGGCCCAUGGUGGGAUUGGUCUGUGUUCUAUGAUGGUGAGCUGGGACCAGGGGUGGGUCUGAGAAUGGUUCCUCUACACCUUCAUACCAAGACCCGCUGAUCCGCACACCAACCCCGAAUGAGCUUUUGGACCUGCCCACUGUCCCUCAGUAGAGCGGUCUGGGUGGGGUGCAGCAGAAAUCAAGAGUCACAAUGGAAUCUCAUCCCCAGAACCUACAUACAGCCUCUGGGGCAAUCAAGGAAUAGCAAGCAGGAAUUCAUAGAGAGGAGACAUGAGUGGUUUGAAACAUCUCCAGGGGGUGCCUUGAGCCCCACUCUGCAGGCUUGUGAUGUCCUCUCUCGUUAGCCCUCCUGAGUCAAAACCUUUGCCCUCCACCCAGCGGGUAGGGUGGACAGAGAGAGCCCUGAAUGGAUCUCUAUGGAGAGCCCCACUUGUGCCCAGGGCAGCAGGAAGGGAGGCCACCCGGUGACUGCAGUCGCCUCCCAGCCAGACCCCCAGCUUCCCACGAUGGGAGGAGAAAGGGGCGCCCAAUAAACAUUGAUUUUGCCACAGGGCCGCUGGCACAAAGGGGGGUAUUUUAGCACAGCCGGGUCCCGACCCCCUGACCCUUAUUUAUUUUUGUAACUGGCCAGUGUGGAGUAUAGCACAAGACCUCCCUCCGACCCCCGUCGUGCCUCCCGAGCGCGUGUGCUUGUGGUUCUGAGUGCCUCGUAUUUAUUCCACUUACCAGCUGAUGUCUGUGUGUCGUGUUUUCUCCUGUCCUGGAGCUGGGCCUUGGGGGAGUGUCCCCCCCUGCCCAGGGAGUUCUCUUCUUAGUGUUGCCCAAGUGUCUCGUAAGUGUUUACUGAAGAGGUGGCUCUAUUCAGAGCAAAUAUAGCCGAGUGGAAAACGUAA